UCAAAUGGAUAACUGUCGACAUUCUCAACCAUUUCUGUAAUUAACUUCAACACGGUAACCAUUUUCACUCAAAACCUUCCAUUCAUCCCAUCCGUCAUGGCUCGCUUAACAAACUUAAAUGGAAUCUUUGAAGCCUUACCAGCAAUUCCUAAGCUUCCCAACAUCCAAAGUCGACCACCACGAAAGAGAGCAACAAUUCUUGAAUGUCGUCACAGCAACAAGAAUACAGAGCAAGAAAUUCAAGUUACAAGAAGGAUAGCAUUAGGUCUGUCCACCUCAGUUGCAGUGUUUGGGAGUUGGGGAAUCGGAAUUUCUCUUGCUGACGAUAACACCCGGUUGUGGCUAGACGGCCCUCUACCUGUACCUCCGGUCUACAACAAAAUGGCAAAUGAAGAGACAGGGACUCGUUCUUUCCUCAAGAAAGGGAUCUAUAUUGCAAAUAUUGGGAUUGAUGGAAGUGCGUAUAGGCUAAGGAAGUAUGCGUUUGAUCUCCUGGCUCUGGGUGAUUUGAUUGGACACGAUGCUUGGGAUCAUGUUAGGAGGUAUCUCCACCUUAAAUCCACCUUCAUGUACUAUGAUUUCGACAAACUAAUCUCUGCAGCACCACUAGAUGAUAAGAAACCUCUCUCUGAUCUCGCCAAUACAUUGUUUGACCGCUUUGAAAAGCUUGAUGAUGCUUUGAAAAAGCACAACCUUCCUCUAACAGAAUCAUGUUAUCAAGAGACAUCAAGUAUUCUCCAGGAGGUGAUGGAUCGAAUGGCUUAAAUCUACAUUAUCACAUUUCACAUCACCAAAAAAAAAAAAAAUCCCGUUUUGUUUGUAAUAUUGAAAGAGCAGUAGUAGAAACCAUUUUAUGGCUACUUGGAAGGCAAUAAAUAUAAAUGGUACUUUUAAGAUAAAAUGAUACAGCUUCAAGCCUCCCAAACAUGGCACAAUUUGAGCAUUAUCCAAUAACCUAGUGAUAGAGUACCCAAAUUCUCGAACAAGUGUGUCAAUGUUUGAGUCCCCUCCCCCUUGUUUGCCAGGAUUAACCAAAAAAAAAAAAAAACAUGACACAAUUUUGGACAUUAUCCAGUAACCUAGUGGUAGAGUACCUAAGUCCUCAAACAAGUGUGUCAAAUGUUCAAAUCCCCUCCCCCCUUGUUUGCCAGGAUUGAAAAAAAAAAAAAAAAAAACAAAACAAAACAAAA